AUGGAGAAAGAAGCAUCUUCUCUACAACUUACAGCAACUUCUUUGGCCAGCCCAGCCAAAUGGGAGUACAAAUGCAUUUUCUGUGACAGAACCUUCGACUCGGGUCGGGCCUUGGGUGGGCACCAAAAUGCCCACCGGUUUGAACCGAGGGAAAGCAAGCGGACCCAUCACGUGCGGGUCCCAAAGAAAGACCGCCCUCCGGUGGUUCCCCAUAAAAAUUCGUGGCCCCCACCUAAUCCCAGUUUGUGGCCACCAAACCAUAAAAAUGACUCCUACUAUCAUGGUUAUCCCAUGACAAUGCAGGGGGGUUUGCCACCUCGUGUGGCGGAUCACCGCGAGCAUGAGUGGGAGAUUUUGGUGGCCAGGGCUGGACAAGGAAUGCAAGCAGAGGGUUCCAGGAACGGACCAUAUCUUAAUGCUACGAAUGCUGAUCAUGGUGUUCAAGAAGUGGACUUGGAGUUGAAGCUUUAG